CUUUAUUUUAUUUUUUUGCUGUCCAACAAAUGCUCAAGACUUCUGAUUCCUUUUCUAGUUCGGUACACAUGUCUAACUGUUUCCAAGACAAAUUAUUUUGUCGGUUGUUCAGAUGUGACCUGAGAAGAUGCAGCAGAUCCAGCAGCAACGGUGGUUCCAUGGACUUGUUGCAGAGUGAAGCUUUUGUCCCUCAGUUCUUGUAUCAGCCUUCUGACUAUUUCAACUCCUGGCAGGACCCACCAGAGCAGAAACCAUUCUUGAAUUGGAUCUUUGCUCCACGGGGAUAAAAAAAGAGGAGGGUGAUUUUUUUUACUGUGUUGUGAUGUGUUAGAGAGAAGUUCUCUAUCAUCUUUGUUUCUUAGUAGGGAAAAAAAGAUUGUAGUCUGUUAAUAGUUUCUUAGCAUCAUCAAUGUUUCAUUUGUAAGCAAAUUCUUGUUAUUUCAUCAAAAAUUUAUAUGAGAGUAGAUUGAAACAACAAAAUGAUAAAUAUUUGUGGUUGUCUCAAAUUUUUCUGAAUUUGUUGCAAAGGAGGAAACAAUGAAAGAGAUGAAUGAAAGAGAAAGUAUCAAAAAGAAAGGAAGGAGAGGAAAAUAAUGAUUUUUCCAACAUGGAAGAGGCAUUAAAUCGUCAAAACCCAAUUGGUAAUAGAUGAUUAGUUGAGAAAAUUUUAAAGGAAAUGAUUCAUUAAGGAUACUCUGAAGAUUUUAAAUUAAGAGGAGCCAUUAACUUUUGUUUAAGAAAAUUGUCAACCAUGAGAGACAGAAUAGAUUAGCAUCCCAAUCUACACCUGAUGAAGAACCAAUCCGUCACGCAGCAAGAUAACUGGUGUAUUUGAUCAGACUGCCAACUGAUGAACACCGGUUUAAAGUUGGAAUCAGCUGGUUUGCAAAAUCUGAUGUUGAUUCAAUUACUUUACAGUUACAUCAGAUAAGUCUCUGACCAAGGUUCUGUGACUAGUUCUUCAUUCCAAAUAUAAUAGAUUAAAUAUUAGAACAUCUCUGGGGGAUUGAGAUAAAAACAAGAUUAAAAAAAAAGACUAAUGUGUUCACGCGUUUCUUAGCUGUGAUUCAUCUCUUCCAACUGAUUGCGUGAAAGUCAGCUUCAUUUAUAUCUGAUCAUUUAUGAAAACUAUAGUAUUAUAUUGUCUUCAGAUUUCAGACACGUCGAGAAAAUAAUAAUGUUUCAAAAAACACUGUUUCUCCGCGUGUUGUUAGUUAGUUUAUAAACUCAUCACUAGUCGUUGACAAAAACAACAACGAAACUCAUCAGCACUAUCAAUCACCAUUCCUCAGAGAUUUUUUUUUAACUUGUUCCACAAGCUACUUAAACCCUAUUCUUCCUCAUCGACCCGCAGCAAAGGUAAGUCAUUUACUCAUUUAUAACAUAUUCUCCCAUUUACUAGCAGAAUGGUCUUUAGCUAUUUUGUGGUUUUGAAUUUUCAUUUCUUUUUUACAGACAUGAACUACAAUGGGCGAAGACUAUACUCCGUUCAUACGAGAGAAGAGAUCCGUGAGAAGAUGAUGAAGGAAGUAGUUCAGAUCUCGGAAGUGUUCUCUCUGUCGCUGUCUGAUGCAACCGUGAUCCUAGUCCAUCUAUGUUGGAACUUGUGCAAGGCUUCAGAUCGUUUGGUAGACGACAAGGAGAAGUUUCUGUCGGAAUUAGGUUUGGUUGGAUCUUCUGAUGAAGAUCUUGAGGUGGACGGUGAAGGAGAUGAUAAUCUCGUGUCCACGCCUUUUUGCUCACAUAAGUUCUCUAGAGAUUGCUGGAGAGAUUAUCUCAGCAAAACUCUAAAGAAGAAGAAGAAGAAGGAGGACGAGAGAGUAUUAUCGAUCUCUUGCUUAAGUCAAGACUGUGUUGCAUCCGUUGGACCAGGCACGGUCGAGAAACUCGGAGAGCCAGUGAAGGAGAUGUACGAGAGAUACCUUCUAGCAUCUUUUAUGGAGAGCAACAAAGAAACAAUCAAACGGUGUCCUGACUGCGACGACUACGCCAUCAAGCGUCAUGAUGAGGUUCCAUCAGAAGACUUUGAUGUGGUGUGUUUGUGCGGUCACAUAUUCUGUUGGAGUUGCCAGCUAGAGUCACACCGACCCGUGACUUGCAACAAUGCUUCCUUUUGGUUGAAUGAACUAUUGUAUAAAUCAAGAAACCUUGCGCGGACCGCUAAAAGGAUCAAGCAUUGUCCUGAAUGCUACAGUCUUGUGGAAAAUCAUGAUGGAGUAUGGAAAUGUACUGACUGCUCCGUUUCCCAACCAAGCAACGACUCGGCUCUAAUACGUCACAUGACACUAUGGGAGACAAGUGAUGCCGCAUUGCAGAGAUCUAAAUGGGAUCUUGAAGCCGUUGAGGAAAAAACCAUGGAUGCUAAUUGUUCAAGAGAGCUAGACGUUAAGGCUAUAAGAGAAGCAUGGAUGCUAACUGUUCAAUGCAGACUUGUGCUGAAAUGGAGCUGCGUGUUUGGUUAUUUCAUAAGUGAUUACCAUAUCGCCAAGAAGGAGUACCUUGAUUACCUUCGGGAGAAAGCUACUGCAAAUCUUUCUAAGCAUAAAGAGACUCUACAUGAGGUGACGGAUGGAAUCAUCUCAGGUGGUGGAGGUAUCAUUGCCUUUAGGGAGAAGUUAGGAGACACAACAGAAACAACUGGCAACUACUUCCGUUUCUUUGUAAAGACUCUUGAAGAUGGUUUGUGUGAUGUUAAGGUUGAUGCUUAUGAGGAUGUAACCACUGAUUACUGGUUCUGCGAUCGAUGCACGUUCAAGAACGACUCCUUUGAUCAAGAGUGUAGGAUGUGUGUUUUCUCUUUCGAGUCUCCUCCUCAUGUGGCUCUAUGUAAUGUGAACAGUAGUGCAAGUUCCCAUCAACAACAACAAGACAAACGUGCCCAAUAAGUGAUAUUGUUUUUUUGUGGUUUCAUUUGGAUUGUGUUUUGUUUUUUUUUAUUUGGAGUUUUAAGUCUUGAGAGUCACAUUUGUGUUUCCUUAUUACAUAACACUUGAUAAGUUUGUUUGUUUAA